AUGUCAGCAAGCAGUUCCCCCAACCGCGGUCCUACGAUCAUUGCUGUAACCUCCUGGACCCUCGCCUUAACCAGCGUCAUUGUUGCUGCUAGGUUAUUCUGCCGGACUCGUAUCGUGCGAAGGGUGACAUGGGACGACUACUUCAUUAUAGUUGCUUGGUGCAUCGCUUUUGCUCUUACCUUCUCUAUUGGUAUGGCUGCUGGUAGGGGACUUGGCCGUCAUGAUAAAGAUAUACCUAGCCAGGAUUGGGUUACUCUGCGUAACUGCGAAUAUGCCUUCUCGAUUUUAUAUAACCCUGCCUUGAUGGCCACCAAGACAUCCGUUCUAAUCUUCUACCUUCGCCUGUCCAAAAAUACACAAAGAGUGAUGCGGAUAGCUUCAUGGGCUGUCCUAACUAUUGUUAACCUAGCGGGAGUGGUCCUAACCUUUAUAAACCUCUUUCAGUGCCGUCCAGUCGCCGCGGCAUAUGAUACGGUUACGGAGCCGGCGUAUUGCAUUCCGUUGCUAACCCAAUUCCUAUGCUCGGCGCCCGUCAAUGUUUUGACAGACCUCGCGAUAUUGGCUUUACCAUUACCCGUCCUUACUAGUAUGAGGUUACCGCGACGACAGAAAAUCAUCUUGAUCUUUACGUUUGCUUUGGGAAUAUUCGUCACUGUCGUCGAUGUCGUUCGGAUCUACUAUCUAGAGCAGGCUAUUACUAUGACCUCUACAGAAAUCGAGAGCGAGAAGGGGCCGAUCAUCGGACAUUCACCUGAGUUUGCCUGGAACGCAUCACUCUCAUUCAUGUGGUCGUCUCUCGAAGUUAAUGUGGGCAUAGUUUGUGCGUGCAUUCCGACACUAAAGCCACUCAUUCGCCGCAUCUUACCCGCCAUGCUGGUCGACCCUAAUGGAACCCGAGCGUAUGAGAAAGGCUCCUCGACGGAUGGGAAUGUAAGCUCAAAUAAUGCCCGACCACCCACUGCAGGUAUCUUCGCCGAUGGCAAUAUUACACCACCAGCCCCGACGCAUUUCGGAGGUAGACAGGAGAGUCAGGUCUCCUCGAUCGAUUUCAUGACUACACCGGACAUAGGCUUCAAUACUCAUUCCCCCGACCCACUUAAUAGAUCGCCCACUAUUUUGACGAGCGCCACUGGAACCUUCUCGAUGACGGAGAACUCGGUCUAUUUCGGAUUCGUAAACAUGCGUCGACCCAAGAGCAUGAUCAGAACCUCAGUUCGCGACUCAUUCAAAUAUUGUACCAUAGUCAUUAUCCUAUUUUUGCUAUGGGGGUUUUCCUAUGGCCUGUUAAAUCAGCUCAAUAACGCCGUCUCUACCGUUUCGGGCAUGUCGACCGCCGAAACUAUAGGGCUUUCGUCGAUGUACUUCGGAGGAGGAUAUCUACUCGGCCCGUUGCUCGUUGGAGAAUGGAUUCUACGACAUGACGAACACACUAGGUCUGGAAAGAAAACCAACGGUCCAGAUCAUAUUGGUGGCUAUAGGGCAACAUUCAUAGUGGGACUCUGCUUCUACGGUGUGGGGACGAUUAUGUUCUGGCCUAGUGCUGUCCUCGCUUCGUUCGCCGGCUUCAUGGUCUGCAACUUCGUCGUCGGAUUUGGCCUUUCAAUUAUAGAGACUGGGGCCAAUCCGUUUAUCGUCUUCUGCGGUCCAAUGGAUUAUGCCGAGAUGAGACUCUGUCUAGCCCAGGGAAUCCAGGCCGUUGCAACUGUUUUAAGCGGACUUCUAGCUGAGAGAGUCUUCUUUACUAAGCUUGAAACGAAUACUUCUACCAUUACAAACCCAGGGUCGCUACUGGACGUCCAGUGGACAUAUUUAGCUAUUACACUCCUGUGUGCGGCACUGGCACUUUUCUUCUAUUACAUGCCAUUACCAGAGGUCACCGACACCGAGAUGGAGACCUCCACGCGAUACCUUCCGGUUGACCCUAAAAAGCGAAGUUUUGGCGGGUUACAACUUCGAACAUGGACUCUAGCAUUGGCCGUUUUAGCCCAAUGGGCCACGGUUGCCGGCCAGGAAAGCAUGAGCAUCUUUUUUCAGAAAAUCAUUACGCCGAAACUCGUUGUGCAUACAGCCAACGGCCAGUCGAUAGAAUCGCUACUCUCUCCGAUAGGGCUUACUCUUUCCAUUCCGGAUUACCUUUUAAUCUCCCAUACUUCUUUUGCUCUCUCGCGUUUUCUGGCGGCAUACCUCGCCUUUUUAUCUCCAACGCACCCAAAAGUCCCACAACCACGUACCAUAUUAGGCAUUACCACCGGACUUAGUAUUCUCUCUGGUAUCGCUGUGGUUACCCUCCGUCCAGAGAACCCAAACUUGGUUGUCAUUCCGGUAGUCCUUUUUUAUUUCUUUGAAGGUCCCUUGUGGCCUCUUAUAUUUGCCCUCGGACUUCGCGGUCAAGGCCAACGCACCAAACGGGCGGCGGCAUAUAUCACCAUGGGUGCUUCUGGGCCGGCGUUCUGGCCAUUCGUGAUAUAUGCGGCGAUUCAACAAGGCGGUAGUGUUCAAACAGCCUUUGCCGUGGUUCCUGCGCUUUUUGUUCUAUCAGGAUUCUUUCCCUUCUUCUUGGACAUGAAGAAAGAUGCCCGAGCCUUAGUUGACACUCGUUUUGGUGCCGAGAACCAAUCAAGAAUACAAGAUCGUGCAAACCGGGACAUGGAUCUUGACACCAUACUUGAAGCGCGGCGUCGAGCAUCGAUAGCUGGCCUGGCAGCCGAUGACGAGAAGGCCGGGUUUUUCAAGAGGCUCUCAAUUGCAUUGAGCAAAGGUAGCAGCGCACUCCCCGGUCGAAAAGAAUCGGACCCGCCUACUUCAGAGCACCGCGAAGCAAGUAGUGGAAGCCCUGGUUGA